CACAAUUAUUUUAUUCGUGGAUAACCAGUGGCAUUAUUAACACUCAAGAUGCGUCUGCCCGAGAUGAGGAAAUGUUGCUUUUGCAUCCCUCUACGACCCGGCAUAAUAUUGUGCGGGUACGUCAAUAUGGCGUUUUCCUUGCUCGCGCUAUCAUGCCUCGUGGUCACUGUGGAGCUGAAGAAGACAACGGUGACCAACGACGCGUCCAUAGAGGCGGUCACUUCCACGGUCCUGUUCUGCAUUCUGGGCAUGAGCGUGCUUUUAAAUGUUAUGCUGCUUGUGGCUGGUUAUCAGAAAGACAUUCCGAUGCUUCGCCUAUACAACUACUUCGCGCUGGCCACCACAUUCGCCAUGCUGAUGCCAGCGCUGGUGCUGCUUUUUAAGAUGCAGUACGUUGAGUGGUGGGCAGCCUUCGGCGCUAUAGCUAUGCAAUGCUACGUCAUAGUGCUGGUAAGAAGCGAGGUGAUACGGCUAGAGAUGAAGCUCAUCAACCGCGCACAGACGACAGCACGCACCGACCAAGUCAUCGAUGUUCCUGACACUGAGACUUUAAUAUAA